AUGAGCGGGGUGCUGUCAGGGGUAACCACAUCUGUCAACCGUUCUUGGCCAAUAAAGAGCGGAGCGAGGCGGACCACAGGUGCGCGCCUCUGCGUCCCCUUGGCACAGCGCCCGGGAGAUGCUGGAGAGAGACGCCGAGCUGCCCCGUGGCGCAAAAGAGUUACUGUCAAAGACAGCCUCCUUUUAACUCCAGCUAUCACUCUGGCUCCGAUAGUUAUGGCGACCGCAACGUCCAACCACUACAGCGUGCUCACCACCCCCAGCAGCGCGCCGCCGCCGCACUCGGAGUCCGGGAGCAUGCAGCAGGCGGCAGCGUACAGGGACGCGCACACCCUGCUCCAGAACGACUACAGCACGUUACCGGGCGGUGGACAUCCGCUCAGCCACGCGCACCAGUGGAUCACGGCGCUGUCUCACGGUGACAGCGGGGCGCCCUGGCCGUCCAGUCCCCUCGGAGAGCAGGACGUGAAGCCCGUGCUGCACGACAGUGAACGAGAGGAGCUGCAGAACUCCAGCAGUCUGCAGCAGCAGCAACAGCGACACCCUCACCUAGCGCACCAGCAGGCGCAUCACGACGCCAGAGCAUGGCGAACCAGCACAGCCACCACGCACAUCCCCGGUAUGGCGACAUCUGAGGGCCAGAGCCUGGUGUAUUCCCAGUCCGGCUUCGGCCUGAUGCCGGGGGGAGAGCAAGGCGGGAUGCAUCACCACCCCCUCCGGGAUGAGGACCACCACAGCCUCAGUCCGCAUCUCAGCGAUCACGGAGGCGGCCCCGGGGCCCACCAGCAGUCUCUCUCGCACCAUCACCAGCACGGGGGCCACCAGGACCAUUCAGACGAAGACACGCCGACCUCCGACGAGUUGGAGCAGUUUGCCAAGCAGUUCAAGCAGCGGCGCAUCAAGCUGGGCUUCACCCAGGCGGACGUGGGACUGGCUCUGGGGACGCUGUAUGGAAACGUCUUCUCUCAGACCACCAUUUGCAGGUUCGAGGCGCUUCAGCUCAGCUUCAAAAACAUGUGCAAACUGAAACCCUUGUUGAACAAGUGGCUGGAGGAGGCGGACUCCACGUCGGGGAGCCCCACCAGCCUGGAUAAAAUCGCGGCGCAGGGGAGGAAAAGGAAAAAGAGGACCUCCAUCGAGGUGGGCGUCAAGGGGGCUCUGGAGACCCAUUUUCUCAAAUGUCCAAAACCUGGAGCGGCGGAAAUCACCUCCCUGGCGGAGAGUCUGCAGCUGGAGAAGGAGGUGGUGAGGGUUUGGUUCUGUAACCGGCGGCAGAAGGAGAAGAGGAUGACCCCCAUUGGGGGACAGAUACCGGGAGGAGAGGACAUGUACGGGGACACCCCUCCUCACCACGGAGCACAGACUCCUGUGCAGUGA